UAAUAUCUCUAUGCACAAAAUUUAUCAUAAACUAUUCUUUUUUUUCAGUGAAAAAACUUUGUUCUUAUUCAUUCCUUUCAUAUCAUAUAUAUUCUUUGGUUAGUUGGUGAUCUAAAUUAGAUUAAUCAAAGAUGUUGCACAACAUCAUCGACACGCUGACAGGGCAGAAUGGAAAUAACAAGAGGAAGAUCAAAGGGACAGUGAUUUUGAUGAAGAAAAACGUCUUGGACUUCAAUGACUUCCAUGCUUCGAUUCUUGAUCGUGUGCAUGAGUUGAUUGGCCAACGUGUUUCUCUGCAGCUUAUAAGCUCUGUCAAUGGCGACCCUGCACAUGGAUUGAAGGGGAAGCUUGGAAAAACAGCUUACUUGGAAGACUGGAUUACCACAAUCACCCCCUUAACAGCAGGAGAGUCUGCAUUCGAGGUUAACUUUGAUUGGGAUGACGAAAUAGGAGUUCCAGGAGCAUUCUUAAUCAGAAACGAUCACCACAGCGAAUUCUACCUCAAGACUGUCACAUUGGAAGAUGUUCCUGAUGAAGGUCAUGUCCAUUUUAUCUGCAACUCAUGGGUUUAUCCUACAGAAAAAUACAAAGAAGACCGCAUUUUCUUCAGCAACAAGACAUAUCUUCCAAGUGAUACACCGCUUCCACUACGCCAAUACAGAGAAAAAGAACUGGUGCAAUUGAGAGGAGAUGGAAAAGGAGAGCUCCAAGAAUGGGAUAGGAUCUAUGACUAUGCUUACUACAAUGAUUUGGGGAAUCCAGAUAAAGGUUCAAAAUAUGCCCGUCCAGUUCUUGGAGGGUCUAGUGAGUAUCCUUACCCUCGAAGAGGAAGAACAGGCAGAGCACCAACAAAGACAGAUCCUGAAAGUGAGAGUAGGCUGAAGCUUCUUAAGAGCUUAAACAUAUAUGUCCCAAGAGAUGAGAGAUUUGGUCACCUGAAGAUGUCAGACUUCCUUGCUUAUGCAUUGAAAUCUGUAGCUCAGGUCCUUAAACCUGAGUUUGAAGCUCUAUUUGACAGCACGCCAAGUGAGUUUGACAGCCUCAAAGAUGUCAAUGACCUUUAUGAAGGAGGAAUUAAGGUCCCUGAAGGAAUACUUGAAAAUAUCAGGGAUAACAUCCCAGCAGAGAUGCUCAAAGAAAUUUUCAGAACUGAUGGUGAACAAGUCCUCAAAUUCCCUGUGCCACAAGUGAUUAAAGAGGAUAAAACUGCUUGGAGGACUGAUGAAGAAUUUGGAAGAGAAAUGCUGGCUGGAGUGAACCCUGUUGUCAUUCGUCGUCUCCAAGAGUUCCCACCAACAAGCAAGCUGGAUCGUGAAGUUUAUGGUGAUCAAACCAGUGCCAUAACUGAAGAACACAUAAAGGGUAACUUGGAUGGGCUCACUGUAGAUGAGGCAAUCAAGAAGAACAAGUUGUUUAUAUUAGAUCACCAUGAUGCAUUGAUGCCAUAUGUGAGGAGGAUAAACUCAACAACAACGAAGAUUUAUGCCACCAGGACCAUCCUUUUCUUGAAAAAUGAUGGGACUUUGAAGCCAUUGGCAAUUGAAUUAAGCUUACCACAUCCUGAUGGUGACAAAUAUGGUGCAAUAAGCAAAGUAUUUACACCAGCUGAACAUGGUGUUGAAAGUUCAAUUUGGCAACUAGCUAAAGCUUACGUGACUGUGAAUGACUCUGGUUAUCAUCAGCUCAUUAGUCAUUGGUUGAAUACCCAUGCUGCCAUUGAGCCAUUUGUUAUAGCAACCAACAGACAACUUAGCACGCUCCACCCCAUCUUUAAACUCUUGGAGCCCCAUUUCCGCGACACCAUGAAUAUAAAUGCAUUUGCCAGGCAGAUUCUCAUCAAUGCUGGUGGAAUUCUGGAGAUGACAGUUUUCCCGGGAAAGUAUGCCAUGGAAAUGUCAUCGGUACUCUACAAAAACUGGGUUUUCCCUGAGCAAGCCCUGCCUGCAGAUCUUAUCAAACGAGGAGUGGCAGUGAAGGAUCCAAAAUCCCCACACGGCGUUCGCCUGCUGAUAGAGGACUAUCCAUAUGCUGUUGAUGGGCUUGAAAUCUGGUCUGCUAUUAAAACAUGGGUUGAAGACUAUAUCCCCUGCUACUACCAGACAGAUGAGAUGGUCCAGAAUGACGCAGAACUCCAAUCCUGGUGGAAGGAGCUCAGAGAGGAAGGCCAUGGUGACAUGAAAGAUAAACCUUGGUGGCCAAAAAUGCAGACUCGUGAAGAGCUGGCAGAGUCAUGCACCAUAAUCAUAUGGAUUGCUUCUGCUCUCCAUGCAGCUGUCAAUUUCGGACAGUACCCUUAUGCAGGCUACCUUCCAAACCGCCCUACAAUAAGCCGCCGGUUCAUGCCCGAAAAGGGAACUCCUGAAUAUGAUGAGCUCGAGUCUGAUCCUAAUAAGGCAUUCUUGAAAACCAUUACUGCACAGCUUCAGACCCUUCUUGGGGUUUCCCUGAUUGAAAUAUUGUCAAGGCAUUCUACUGAUGAGAUCUAUCUUGGACAAAGGGACAAUCCUGAAUGGACAUCAGAUGGGAAACCAUUGAAGGCCUUUGAGAAGUUUGGAAACACAUUGGCAAAGAUUGAGGAAAGAAUCAUGCAGAGGAACCAGGAUGAGAAACUGAAAAACAGAGUUGGCCCCGUUAAAGUUCCUUACACUUUGCUGUUUCCUACUAGUGAAGGUGGACUUACUGGCAAGGGAAUUCCCAAUAGUGUCUCGAUCUAAAGUUUCUCUAACCUAUUUGUUUAAUAUGAGGAGGGAGGGAGAACUCUGUUUGUUUUUAUUUAUUUUCUAGAGGUUUUAUUAUUGCUAGGGAAAGGGUAUUGAGAUUGGCCGUCGAUUUGGAUAUUCACUUAGAAUAAAGCCAUGUGCAGCUACAAAGCUUUUAAAGCCCUUCUUGUUAGCUCUAUUCUACAGGUUGUGUUGAAGAUGGUUAAUGUUAGCUGGUUUGUGUAAAAUAUAUAUAUAUAUAU